AUGGUGUUUCUGUGUGUGAGUAGCCUUGGGAUCCACCAGGAUGCAGGAGACAUCUGCUCCACAGGGGCUACAGAAGGGGUGGGGGAGGUGGCAGUAGUGGACACCCCAGACUGGUUUAACACAGAGAAGAGCCCAGAAGAGGUGCGAGCCCAGAUCACGUCGUGUGUCACUCUGUCAAGUCCGGGACCACAUGCCUUUCUUAUGUGUGUCCCUGUGGAUCAACCUGCCAAAAUUGAACUGCAGGCUCUGCGAGCUCUGGGCAGUGUUUUCGGCACAGACGCUGUUCAGAAACACACUAUAGCAAUCUUUACAUUUUCAGACCGACUCAGGGACAGCGGAAAAGCUAAAGGCAAAGGCACUGAAGCAUACAUUUCUAGUGAGAGGCCGGAUUUGUUAAAAUUGGUGGAGAAGUGUACAGAUAGGUUUCAUAUUAUGGAGAGAGAUACACGUACAGGUGCGAGCAAUGUGGCCGAGCUGCUGGAGAUGGUAGAUCAGACAGUUAAAGAAGCAGGGGGACAGUACUUCUCCUCACCUGCUUUUCAGGAGGCAGAGGACAAAGUGAGGCAAAGGCAGCUUGAGAUAGCCAGAGAGCAGAGAGGAUUAAAGCAAGAAUCCUACAAACAAGAAGACUUGAGGCUGCUUAACUCCGAAAGACGACGCACUUUCUCCUAUAUGCAGCCCCUUGAGGAAGAGGACAUGACUGAAGAGAUGGAGAAAAUGAGGGAGGAAGCUGAGAUGAGUGUUAGUACAAUGAAUAUCGAAAGCCUUCCUCCAGUUUUACUCUCUAACUUUUCCCCAUCAAUGCUGCAGUACGUCAGAGAUAAGAUGGAGUCAGGUAUGAAAACAUUACCAGGCUUGUUGUCAGAUGGUUCCACGUGGGUCACUAAAGGAGCUGAGUCUCUGAGGAGUAGUCCAAUGUGGGGGAAAGUAGGGAGCAGUGCACAAAGUGUUCAGAAAAUGCUUGCGGAUAGUUCUGUGUGGGAACAAGUAGGAGCAAGAAAAGAGCAGAUUUCCAAAGCAGUUGGAGGUAAAAUUCCCAAAGUGGUAGUAGACGGAUCUGCAUGGGUGGGCUCAGGGGCAAAAGCAGCAGCUGCCAGUCCAGUCUGGAGCAAAGUAGGUUCUGGGGCCAAAACCGGGGCCCAGUUAGUAGCAAAGAACUCAGUGCGACUUGGAUCUGAACUUGGGACUGGAGCAAAGAACCUGGCUCAAAGUCCUGUAUGGGGAAAAAUGGGUUCAGGGGUUAAAUCUGGUGCCCAAAUGGUGGUUGAAAGUCCCGUGUGGGGAAAGAUGGGGUCCGGAGCCAAAGCAGGGGCCCAAAUGGUAGCCAAAAGUCCAGUGUGGGAGAAAAUAGGGGAGACUGCUAAACAGGUGCCAAAGGUGGUGAUUGCAGGAGCUGUGCUAGGACUAGUGCUUGGUGUGUUCCUUGGAGGUGUGUUAGGAGGCGCUAUAGGGGCAGGGGCUGGAUCUGCACUAAGUGAAGUGGGCAGACGCAAGUUACAAAAUAAAAGAACUCUGGAAAAUUCACAAAUUAGAAAUGUGGAUAGAAAUGUAAGCAACGCUGUCGACUCUCUGGUAAAAAGUGGUGAGAAAGUGUUCAAACAAGAAUAAAUAAAUUUUCUUUGCGCUUUUGUACACAACUAUUUUCAACAGAAUUAACAGUGUAAUAGUAUGACAAUGGUGGCUAUUUUAUGUUGGAUAACCCCUUAUUGAUUUGCACAAAAUCUAUUUAUAUCAUUAAAUACGUUGUAAAUAUUUCUCUUUGUGUUGCACAACAGCUUUACUUGAAAUAAAUAACUAUAUUACAGUCA